GCUAGGGAGGCGAGUGCUCGAGCGAGCUUUCUCGUGCGGGGCAUCGUUUCUGCUGCUGCUGCUGCUGCUGGCGGAUCAAUCCUCUGAUACAACUCGGGAAUCGAAUCUCGCUCGCUUCUGAGAGGAGGGCGCUGUGGAGGCGCACCGGGACGUCUUGCUUGUUGAUGCGCGCUGUGGGUCGACCGCGAGAUUUUGUCGAGGAGGAAGGAGCUGCGCGACGCGAGGAGAGAAACGAGAACGAGAGCGAGAAGCGAGGGAUUGUGACUUCUGCGAGGAGACCUUCGUCGUUGAGUGUCGUCGUCGUUGUUGUCGUCGACGUCGGUGGUGGUCGCUGGGCUUCGUCGAGCGGUGACGCUCUGCUACGCGUUUCGGGAUGUACAGUGCGUGACAGAGAAGGGGCUAGGUUACGCAAUUAGUGUGAAGGUUUGAGAGGAGUCGCCACUGAGCAGCAGGAAUGAAUGCAUCGGGGAAGGCGUCCCUGGUGGAGUGAAGAGGCCGGAGCUCGAGCGCUUGGAGCAGCUCGCUGAAUGUUGCGGUUCUAGAUUGGUUCGAUCGCAGGCGGGCGUCGUUUCUCCGCCGUCGAAAGAAGGGGCUGAAAUUAGCCGAGAGAGAGAGAGAGCUGUAGUGCGCUCUGUUCUCGUGGUCCUUCAGCUUUUCCGUCUCCCCUUCGGCCCAUGUUCAGCUCCCGAAGACGACCCCGCCCUGUUGCGGAAAGGUGUCGCAGGACCGGCCCCGGGGAAGGUACGAGCCUCCUCGAAGCAGCCGAAGGCGUCGUUCGGUAUCGGUGACUCGGUAGGCCAGCGGAAUGUUUAUUGAUUGAACGCUGGGUGAGCUUUUGUCGUCCUGUAUUUUCCAAGAUAUGACCUCCCGUUGAGGUAGGUAGGGACCGAGCAAUGCGGAGGCUCUGUUGGAGAGGCAGGAGUAUCACUGCGCCGGUGCAGCAGGCAGUACAAAACGGGAGUAGCUUUUUUGUGACGCUACCCAGCAGUCAACGCGAUACUGAGUUGUGCCCGUGGGAAAUCUUUGCCGAAGUGCUCAUCAGUUCUGACUCCUGCGAGGUCUCGCCCUCAUGCCGUCGUAUUCGUCGUUAAUCUCAAUGAGUUCGACACGGAGCGCAGUGAGAUGGAGUUCUCGGAGAAGCAGCUACUCGCCUUAUCUGAUUUGCUGGAGCUCGUACAGAGUGAUCUGGGAUUGAAGGCGUGUCUCCUCUGACCAGGAGGGUGUGAAAUUUAGCUGGUGGAAAACUUUUGGCUCUACCGCGGUACAUGUACGCGACGCAGGGGCCGUAGUGGAACUUAUGGAGGGCUCCUGUCGGUUGGCGAAGUCAGAGGCCAAGAAAUGCAGUAGAGCUGACCGUGUUAGACACGGGAAGAGGUGUUCGACGCGUUCGAACCUGGUUUGAGCAAGUUUCUGCGCAAUACAGUUCUCGGUGUGGGGGAAAUAGUUUCCUCUCCGCAUCCGAAACGAAUUGGUGCCUUGUGAAGCAUCGACCGUUCUUUUCUCCUGAAGAGAAGCAGAUUAAUUUCCCACAGUUGCAUAGUCCAGGCUAGGUAUGAGAAGUCAAAGGUGUGAGAGUCGUGGAAACAUUUCCUUUGGGAGAGGCCCGUACAAAUGUGGCCUUUCUAUUGAAGUAAGAAUGGCGGGCUAGAAGGGUGAACGAAGUUUGUUCAUGAUUUUAGUCAUGAUAGUCCACAGAAGACUACUUCGAGGAACAUCCGAAGUGUGAGUAUCAGGAUAAGGUGUUUUUCAGGAAGGAGUGAGAGCCUUAGCUCUCUUUUCUCUCUUUUCGGGGAGGAAAAGGGCUGGCGCUGGAUCAGUACUUGGAGUCGAGUCACAGGGCGGUGGCGCCAGCCCCGGCGCCACCGCCUGCUGUGGCCGGAGCCCAAUCCCAAAAUUCAUCACUGCUACGAUCUAGCAAUCCUCUCCUGGAGAGGAGUCUAGGUGGGCAGGUCGGGACGGGGCUCUCUGGUAUUUCCCGCAGUCCCUACAACAACAACAUCAACAACAUGAUUGCAAAUUACAAUCGAGGUUCCUUGAAUCCCGGGGGAAAUGUGGGUGGAGUCAAUCCGGGACUCAAUGUGGGAGGCAACUCUGGUCUGAGUGGGCUUGGAGCCGCGGGCAUAUCCCCAUCUUCCAAUUUGCAGCGGAGUGCGUUGGGGUCGGACCCUCUAGCUUCACCCGGAUCAAGUUCGCUAGGAGUCCCGGCUUCCCCUCGGUCAUUUUCUUCCAGUAAUUUGAGCGGGCUACCUGGUUCUUCUGGUCUUGGUGGAUCAUCGUUGGUUCGGCAAGUUGGUGGUAGCUCACUGAAUAGACUUGAACAGGAACACCAACUCCAGCAAUUGCAGCAACAAGCGACAUCCACUCCUCCCCAGCAGCAGCAACAGUCAUCGUCUCAGCAGGAAUCGUCUCAGGGUCAGCAAAACUCUCAACAAGGCCACACAUUGGGCAAUGGACAGCAGCUUCCAAAUCAUCAAGUGUUAGGCGGUACAGGUCUUGGUAGUGGGCAGCAAUUGCAGGCUCUAGGGCUUGGGUCGGGUCAGCAGAUGCAGUCGCCACAGGGUCUCAGCGCUGUCACUCUGGAUGCUCAGACUGAUCCUCACAACCAGCUUCUCGUUCCGAAGGUGGAAGUUAAACAAGAAGAAGACCUGCAACAUCAAGUUGCCCAACACCUUCAAAGACCCGAGUCAUUGCUCUCUCCCCAGCUGCAAAGAUCGCAAGAUGUCUAUCAGUUACAACAGCGUCAGCAGCAGCAACAACAGUCCCAGCAAAUGCUUAGCAUGUAUCAGCACCAGCGGUUGAUGCAGCAGCAGCAACAACAACAACAUUUACUGCAGUCACACCUGCAACGACCACACAUGCAGCAACAGCAACAACAGCAGCAACAACAACAGCAGCAACAACAAUUGCAACAGCAACAACAGCAGCAACAGCAACAGCAACAACAGCAGCAGCAACAGCAGCAUUUGCAGCAGCAGCAGCAACAACAGCAGCAGCAGCAGCAGCAACAACAACAACAACAGCAGCAACAGCAACAGCAACAACAGCAACAGCAGCAACAGCAACAGCAGCAGCAUGCGAAUAUCUUGCAAAAUGCAGGUCCUUCCAAGCAGCCUGCUGAAUCCAGCGUCUGUGCUCGUCGCCUCAUGAAUUAUAUGUACCAUCAGCGACAUCGACCGCAAGAUAAUAACAUUACUUUUUGGCGGAAGUUUGUUUCCGAGUACUUCGGUCCCAGAGCCAAAAAACGCUGGUGUGUUUCUUUAUAUGGAAGUGGUGGCCGGCAACCUACUGGUGUCUUCCCUCAGGAUGUAUGGCACUGUGAGAUAUGCGGUACCAAGCCUGGUCGUGGUUUUGAAACUACUGUGGAAGUUCUACCAAGACUUUGCAAGAUAAAGUAUGACAGUGGAAUACUGGAGGAGCUCUUAUUUGUUGAUCUUCCUCACGAGUACAAAUUGAGCUCUGGUCUCAUGGUUUUGGAGUAUGGUAAAGCCAUACAAGAGAGCGUUUUUGAUGCUCUGCGUGUUGUUCGCGAUGGACAACUCCGCAUAAUUUUUUCUGCCGAUCUGAAGAUAUUGUCGUGGGAAUUCUGUGCAAGAAGCCACGAGGAGCUGCUCCCACGGCGGCUCAUUGUACCGCAGGUCACUCAGCUAGCUACGAUCGCUCAAAAGUAUCAAACAUCCACCAACCAAAAUGGUGGUGCCAGCCUCUCGCUGCAAGAGAUGCAAACUAAUUGCCAUUUGUUUGUCACAAGUGCUCGACAGCUGGCGAGAAAUUUGGAGGUGCCCACGGUCAACGACCUCGGAUACACGAAGAGAUACGUUCGAUGUCUUCAGAUUUCGGAGGUCGUUAACAGUAUGAAAGAUUUAAUUGACUUCAGUCGCGAGAAUAACAUGGGGCCAAUUGAGAGUCUUGUGCGUUUUCCGCGGAGAACUUCUAGUACCAGUGGACAAGGGAAUCAGUCUAUGCAGCAGCAGCAGCAGCAGCAGCAACAACAACAACAACAGCAGCAGCAGCAGCAGCAAGAGCAGUUAGCUCUUCAGAGUAUGGUUUCUGAUCAGAACGCUGGUACUCUGAAUGCCCUAAAUGCAAACACUUUGACCGCGUUGCAGCAGCAGUUAGCAGUUAGCAGCAAUAACCAUGCUGGCAACAAUCUGACUUCGUCUAUGAACGGUUCGUUACACUCCAACAAUCCCCUGGGAUCUUUUUCUAAUCACCUACAUCCGAAUUCUUUGGCGUCUCUGCAAGGUUCGUUGCAGAAUAGCUCGAACUCUCUCGGUAGUGCCCUGCAGUCACCCAGCUCGAUGCAAGCCUCACCAACGAACUCCAUUUCUUCAUUCCAACCUUCUCUGACUACUCUGUCCGGUGCCCUUCAGCCAUCUAACCUUAACACAUUUUCCAAUUCACUUCAGCAGAGCACCCUAAACUCUGCAGCAAAUCUGCUGCAGCAACAGUCUUCUAUGCAAUCCGCCCAAUCUGCACAGCAUGAUUCCCAAAAUGCUGUGCACCAUCUACUCCAAGAAAUGAUGAUGAGUCAACAGAUGAACGGUGGAAGUUUCCAACAAGGUUUGGGUGGAACCAAUGUUGGAGGAAAUGUAGGUGUUAAUUCUGGACUUGGGGGUAGUGUGAGUGGCCUGAACACACUAGGUGGGUCCGGCUCUUUAGGCCACGGUUCUUCGGUUAUCGGAGGCAGCAGUAAUGGAGUACUGAGCAAUCAUUUAGGAGGGAAUAACACUAGUUUAGGAGGUGGUUUAGGUGGGUCUUUGAGUUCCAGUAUUGGGAGUGGAGCAAAUACCAUUCCUGGCCUUGGAAACACCCUUAGAAAUGUGGGGAGUUUGAGUAAUAUAAGCGCAAUGAAUGCCCUAAACGGCAGGCUGAACUUAGCAGGAGGGAGUCAACAACACAACUUGCAAAUGCAGGAUCCAGGUCAAGGGCUCCACCAUGACCUUGCCGGAAACAGUAUGUUGGGUAGCCUUGGUGCUGCAGGAGGCUUUGGGGGCCUCCAAUUUAACUGGAAGUCUCCCUGAUGAACAGUUUCCGGGUCGGAAACGUUUUUCGAGUUGGCAUAUGUUCAGGAAACCUUUUUCCUUCUUGAACCUUGGGAGGUGUAUGUGACCUGUUGUAGAUGGUCUCAAUUUGGUCUGUAUCAGUGUCCAGUAGGUCAGUAUUCCCUUGGAUGGGAUGAAACCACGUCAGUGGACCCUCUUAAGAUGCACGCCUUAUCAACCCAAAUUUGACACUUCCGAGGGUAAGGCAGGAAGUUCGACUGCGCCCGCCAGAGGCAUAUGUUGAGUUUAAAUGCACUGCGUACGAUACGACCGAUUUUCUUACUGACGCAGAUAUGCGCUGCAGUUGUCAUUGCUUGACCCCCUCCUUCCCUUCCUCUUCUUUAAGUCCCACCCAUUAUGCAGGGGAGAAAUUUCCCCUUCGUGAAAGUUAUGAGACUCAAAUUGUCAUGGACAGUUUUGUUCCAGCGGUACAUCAUGUAUUUUAAUAUUCAGAUUUGAGGGAAAGAAACAAUGCUUUUUCCGGUAUGAUACGCCAUCCAGCUGUUUCUGACUUUGGGUGCAGUCCUCCUGGCUGCAGUGGAUCUCGUGAUGCUCCAGAACAAUCAGAUUAGUUUCGACUAUAUCCUUUGGUUCUCAUGUUUGCUCCUUGAUACUUGUCUAUAUUUUUCUCCUUAUUUUCAAGUAAUCUUAUGCGUGGUCUCUUGUGACGACCGAGGUUGGUGACCG